AUGGCAAACUGUGACAGUGUGGUUUUUCACACUCAAAUAGCCUCCAUCAUGGAGGUGCUAGCGAAUGCAGCCGUUGCAGAGAUCUGUAAACUCGUAGACGACGAAUAUGCAGUGUUUCGUUUGGAAAUAUCUCAAAGCCAGAAAGAAAACAGGGCAUUGCAGAGGAAACUACAGCUACUUGAACUGAAGGUGGCACGGGAGCGCGUCCUCGCCAGUCCCAGUAGUGUCAAGAUCCUCGACCGAUACAGAGGAAUGGCAAGAGGGGAAGGACAUCUCACUGGAGGCCACAGGAGCUUUGUGAAGCGAGCGGGACACAACACAUGGAUAGAUGACCAACCAAUCACUGUUGAUGAGGGGAGUGGAACCUCAACCCAGCACGUUAUCUUGAUAGAGUCUGCAGAUGCAGAGGCUGCAGGUCCUGGAGGAUCGUCUCUGGUCAAGCAGGAGAAAACUGAAAGAGAGGACCCACCACACAGAAGCGAGACACAGACUGGAGCUGCCACGGUAGCCACAGAGGACCCAGCGCUGCCCAGGAUCCGAGGCAGCAUCGGGUCAGUGGAACACCGAACACCGUCAGAGAUCAACACUGAGACUUUAACUGAAACACACAGGCUCUUACACACAGGAUAUGACCACAGAUCAGACCCAGAGAGACUGGGCUGUCCUCCUGCUCCCGGCUCAGAGUACUUACCGGUAUUUCGCCAGAGGACAGUUUAUUCCCAUGGAGAUGUUGGUGACGCUCUAGACACUGGCGGUGAGGAUCUGUCUUGUUCUUACACUACAGAGAUGGACGCUAGCAACAUAUCCUUGGGCUUAGAGACACAGACCGAUCUGUCUAGAGCGGACUGGAACCGGUACAGUAGUAGUGUAUACUCUGAAGGGUGCCAGGACAAGAAAGUGGAGGUUAUGGUGGUAGAUGAGGUGACUGUGAAAGUGGAGGGCGACGUUCCUCCCACAUGGAAUGCAGAUGGUCACCUAGGAGACGGACAGUCCCAGGGUAGAGAUUUCUUAGAUUACAGGGAACGCUUAGAGACCAAUCCAAAUGUUGCAAUCCAAUCCCCUUUACAUUCGCUCAGGGAUCGCGACCCAGUGUCCACGUUGAUGGAGCCUUCCGAUUCACAAGGCCGCAUCCUUUUCGAUCAGGUAUUGAACUCAAACGACAGAGCAAGAGCCCAGGCUCAGGGAGAGGGAGCCACAUCAGGUAAUGGUAAAGAGAAACGGUUCCUCUGCAUGUUCUGUAAUAAAGGAUUCAGCUGCCUCCAGAAGGUGGAGAUGCACCAGAGGGUCCACACAGGGGUAAAACCCUACAGCUGUACACAAUGUCAUAUGCGCUUCGCCCAGGCUCGUGACCUCAAGAGACACCAGAGGGUCCACACAGGGGAGAAACCCUACAGCUGCCCCCAGUGUGAGAAGAGGUUCUCCCGCCAGGACAAUCUGAAGAUACACCUGAAGGUACACACAGGAGAGAAGCAGUUUGCUUGUACGCAAUGCGGGAAGAAGUUCACAGAGGGGAGCUACCUCAGGAUACACCAGCAGAAAAACCAUCCCACUCUAUUAACAUAAAGUAAUCAUUCCACUUGAUAGCUUCUGAAGUUUAGAUCAAAACCUGCAUUAAAGGGUAGGUAGCAUAAACAUAACUGAAUGUAACAUGGAUUUGCAUUAGUAUACACAUCAAAGGUCCCAAUGCAAAGUUACCUCACUUUUCAAUUUUUCGAGUUAUUACAUAAACCCCAUAAAAAUGCCGAAGUCAUCCUGGAAGAUGUUUUCGUGGGGUGUGACGUAAUAUAGAAGCCCCAGGAAAGCCAGCCUAUUCCCUAUAAAUGUAAACUCCAACAGAAAUAACUUUAUAUUAAACAAUAAUGUUUACACUCAUUACUACUGGUUUCAAUUACAUUUACUUUAUGAAUGUAUUAUUACAAAUCAGCUUGCAAGGUUGCUAGCCAACUAGCCUGCUAACGUCAGUGGUGUAAAGUACUACUUAGGUAGUUUUCGGGGUAUCUGUACUUUACAUUUUGGACAACUUAUAAUGUACUUUUUACUCCAAACAUUUUCACUGAAACCAAAAGGUAUGUUACAUUUUGAAUGCUUAGCAGGAGAGGAAAAUGGUCCAAUUCACACACUUAUCAAGAGAACAUCCCUGGUCAUCCCUACUGCCUCUGAUCUUGUGGACUCACUAAACACGAAUGCUUUGUUUUUGAAUUAUGUCUUAUGAAGAGUGCCCCUGGCUAUCUGUAAAAAAAUUAAAUCAAAUGCCGUCUGGUUUGCUUAAUACUUUGAUACUUAGGUAUAUUUCAGCAAUUACAUUUACUUUUGAUACUUAAGUAUAUUUAAUACCAAAUAUUUUUUUAACUUUUACUCCGUAGUAUUUUACUGGGUGACCUUCACUUUUACUUCAGUCAUUUUCUAUUAAGGUAUCUUUACUUUUACUCAAGUGUGACAAUUGGUUACUUAUUCCACUACUGGCUAACGUUAGCACUGCAUGAGUCAGCCAGUUGCUAUCAACACCUAACUUCCAGCUACAUUAAUGUAGACCAAAGUUUUGGGAAAGCAUAAUGCCAUCUAACCAGUUAUCAAAUAAUGUUGCCAGUUUAUGCAGCAGUGGAGGCUUGUUUGAGGAGGAAAUGGAGGACCAUCCUCAGUGAAAUUUCAUAAAAAUCCAAAUUGUGAAACAUUAAGUUAUUUUUUUAGAUAAAACAAUACUAAAUAUAUUGAGAUAACUUGCACUAACUGGACAAAAAUAUAGUUAAUACCAAGAAAAGUAUUUAUAAAUCUACCUCCUCCUGUAAUUUGAAGGCCAGCAUCCCGGAGUCGGCUCUUCACUGUUGAUGUUGAGACUGGCUUCUGUUUCAUGACACUCUAAUGUACUUGUACUCUUGCUCAGUUGUGCACCGGGGCCUCCCACUCUUCUUUCUAUUCUAUUUAAAGCCUGUUUGUGCUGUUCUGUGAAGGGAGUAGUACACAGCGUUGUACGAGAUCUUCCAUUUUUUGGCAAUUUCCCGCAUGGAAUAGCCUUAAUUUCUCAGAACAAUAAUAGACUGACGAGUUUCAGAAGAAAGUUCUUUGUUUCUGGCCGCUUUGAGCCUGUAAUCGAAGCCACAUGCCGAUGCUCCAGAUACUCAACUAGUCUAAAGAAGGCCAGUUUUAUUGCUUCUUUAAUCAGAACAGUUUUCAGCUGUGCUAACAUAAUUGCAAAAGGGUUUUCUUAUGAUCAAUUGCCUUUUUAAAAUGAUAAACUUGGAUUAGCUAACACAACGUGCCAUUGGACACCUAUGUACACCUAUGUAGAUAUUCCAUUAAAAAUCACCCGUUUCCAGCAACAAAAGUCAUUUACUACAUUAACAAUGUCAACACUGUAUUUCUGAUCAAUUUGAUAUUAUUUUAAUGGACAAAAAUGUGCUUUUCUUUCAAAAACAAGGACAUUUCUAAGUGACCCCAAACAUAAACAGUAGUGUAAUUUCUUCCUCCUACCCACAUAAUGUCAAGCUUGAUUAACAACCCCUCCUUCCACAUAACAUACGCUUUCUCCACAUCAAAAAAGACAGCUACUACAGUCUCCUUGUUCACCUGAGACUUCCUGACCUCUGCUUCUAAGUAGAGCACUGGAUCCAUAGUUCCCCUUCCUGAACCCACUCUGAUGUGGCAAUCGUAGCCCCCUGCUCUCCCGGAAGUAAGUUAGCCUCUGUAAUCAUAUGUUCCAUAAUCUUACAUACAUAUGAUGUUAAAGCUAUUGGCCGAUAGCUUGUUGGGUCCUUCCCUGGCUUCCGGAUUGGUACCACUACUGCCUCCUUCCAACUGCCUGGUAGUUUCCCCUCCUCCCACACUGUGGAGAAGGCACAAAAAAAACUAUUCCCCCUCAGGAGACUGAAAAGAUUUGGCAUGGGUCCUCAGAUCCUCAAAAGGUUUUACAGCUGAACCAUCGAGAGCAUCCUGACGGGUUGCAUCACUCCCUGGUAUGGCAACUGCUAAGCCUCCGACCACAAGGCACUACAGAGGGUAGCGCGUACAGCCCAGUACAUCACCGGGGCCAACCAGGACCUCUAUACCAGGCGGUGUCAGAUGAAGGCCCUAAGAAUUGUCAGACUCCAGCCAAGUCUAUGUCCAAGAGGCUCCUCAAUAGCUUCUACCCCCAAGCCAUAAGCCUCAUGAACAGCUAAUCAAAUGGCUACCCAGACUAUUGGCAUUGCCCCCCCCGGAACGCUUCUGCUACUCUGUUAUUCUCUAUGUAUAGUAACUUUAAUAACUGUACCUACAUGUACAUGUUACCUCGACACCGGUAUCCCUGCACAUUGACUCUGUACCGGUAACCCCUGUAUAUAGCCCCGCUAUUGUUAUUUACCGCUGCUCUUUAAUAAUUUGUUAUUCUUCUCUUUUUGGGGGUAU